AAACCGGCUCCCCGGGCCCGCCGCGCCGAGCCGAGCUGCGUUCCGCGCCUCGCGCAGAAAGGGAUUUUUUUUUUUUUCCUGCAUGACUAUCCGCAUUACCUUGAAGUUCACUUUUUCUACCCCUGUUGGAGAGGGCUUUCCACCCCUCCCUGGUGGAAUCUGGCUGCUCCGCUUGGAAUCUCCUCAUCUUUCCUCUCCACUUAGAUUUUGGCAGCGAAGACGAGUGAUUCUCUGCGGGCUGUUGGGGCGGGGGUCCUUUUUGGUCGGGGGGUUGUAGAGCAGGGGGCACAUCCGGCGUGAGGGAGCGUUGGAAGUUACGGCGGAGCUGGGACCGGAGACCCGCGGCCCCCGCGCGGCCAUGGGGAAGAUCUGAGCUCCAGCCUCUCCCCCCUGCCCGAGAGCAGUCGAGGCUGGAGAUAUUUUUCAAAAGCCAAACUGCAAACAACUCUGGCGAUGCCAGAAUUCCCCUCCAAGUGACACGGCUAGGCGAAGGAGGUUUCCUCAGGCUGGGCUGUUUCUGUCAUUCCCUCUGCCUUUCUCGGCGACGAUAAAAGGCUUUGCUCUGGCAUUAGAAAUUUAGGAAAAAAAAGAGAAAAAGCUGCGCUAAACUCUACUGUGACCUCAAACUCUUUGGACUGUCAAAAAAAAAAAAAAAAAAUUGAAAGAAAAUCAUCCUCCAAGAGAAUCGGCAUAGGAGGAGAUGGAAGUUUUCCCCUUGCUCUUGGUUUUGUCCGUCUGGUGGUCUCGAACCUGGGACUCGGCAAAUGCGGAUUCGAUCAUUCACAUCGGAGCAAUUUUUGAUGAAUCUGCCAAAAAGGAUGAUGAGGUGUUUCGCACAGCAGUCGGUGACCUUAACCAAAAUGAGGAGAUCUUACAGACCGAGAAAAUCACAUUUUCAGUGACGUUUGUUGAUGGCAACAACCCUUUUCAAGCAGUUCAAGAAGCCUGUGAACUUAUGAAUCAAGGCAUCUUGGCCCUGGUCAGCUCCAUUGGCUGUACAUCAGCAGGAUCCCUCCAGUCUCUGGCAGAUGCCAUGCAUAUCCCCCACCUCUUCAUUCAGCGCUCAACAGCUGGGACCCCAAGGAGUGGCUGUGGACUCACGCGGAGCAACAGGAAUGAUGACUACACUCUCUCAGUUCGUCCACCUGUCUACUUGAAUGACGUUAUCUUAAGAGUGGUCACAGAGUAUGCCUGGCAGAAGUUCAUUAUAUUCUAUGAUAGUGAAUAUGAUAUCCGUGGAAUACAGGAGUUCUUGGACAAAGUGUCUCAGCAGGGAAUGGAUGUUGCUCUUCAGAAGGUAGAAAAUAACAUCAACAAAAUGAUCACCACUCUCUUUGACACCAUGAGGAUAGAAGAACUGAAUCGCUAUCGAGACACUCUUAGGCGAGCAAUCCUUGUUAUGAAUCCUGCCACAGCCAAAUCCUUCAUUACUGAGGUUGUGGAGACUAAUUUGGUUGCUUUUGACUGUCACUGGAUCAUUAUAAAUGAGGAAAUAAACGAUGUGGACGUACAGGAACUUGUAAGAAGGUCAAUUGGAAGGUUAACGAUUAUUCGGCAGACAUUUCCAGUUCCCCAGAAUAUAAGUCAGCGGUGUUUCCGUGGCAACCAUCGAAUAUCUUCAACAUUGUGUGAUCCAAAGGAUCCAUUUGCUCAAAAUAUGGAGAUUUCAAACCUUUACAUAUAUGACACAGUGCUUCUGCUUGCUAAUGCUUUUCAUAAGAAGCUGGAGGACCGGAAGUGGCACAGUAUGGCGAGUUUGUCAUGUAUCAGAAAGAACUCAAAGCCCUGGCAGGGUGGGCGCUCCAUGUUGGAGACCAUCAAGAAGGGUGGAGUUAGUGGGUUGACUGGAGAGCUUGAAUUUGGAGAAAAUGGAGGUAAUCCCAAUGUCCACUUUGAAAUUCUUGGAACCAACUAUGGAGAAGAGCUUGGCAGAGGUGUUCGCAAACUUGGGUGCUGGAAUCCUGUCACAGGUCUGAAUGGGUCACUGACUGACAAGAAAUUGGAGAAUAACAUGCGUGGAGUGGUUCUACGUGUGGUAACUGUUCUGGAAGAACCUUUUGUGAUGGUCUCUGAAAAUGUCUUGGGUAAGCCGAAGAAAUACCAGGGCUUCUCCAUUGACGUUUUGGAUGCCUUAUCUAACUACCUGGGUUUUAACUAUGAAAUUUAUGUAGCACCGGAUCACAAAUAUGGAAGCCCACAGGAAGAUGGGACAUGGAAUGGCUUGGUAGGAGAACUAGUCUUUAAGAGAGCCGACAUAGGGAUUUCUGCUUUAACCAUCACUCCAGAUCGUGAGAAUGUGGUGGACUUUACAACACGUUACAUGGACUACUCAGUGGGAGUACUACUUCGAAGGGCUGAAAAGACAGUGGAUAUGUUUGCCUGUCUUGCACCAUUUGAUCUCUCUCUAUGGGCUUGCAUUGCUGGCACAGUCCUUCUGGUGGGUCUGCUGGUCUACCUCUUGAACUGGCUUAAUCCCCCACGAUUACAAAUGGGAUCAAUGACGUCUACUACUCUCUACAACUCCAUGUGGUUUGUGUAUGGAUCUUUUGUACAACAAGGUGGGGAGGUCCCGUAUACAACUCUGGCUACCCGAAUGAUGAUGGGGGCUUGGUGGCUAUUUGCUUUGAUUGUUAUCUCAUCUUACACGGCAAACCUUGCUGCUUUCCUCACUAUCACACGCAUUGAAAGUUCCAUCCAGUCUCUCCAGGACCUUUCCAAGCAAACAGAAAUCCCUUACGGCACAGUCCUGGACUCUGCAGUAUAUGAGCAUGUCCGCAUGAAAGGAUUGAAUCCUUUUGAGAGGGACAGCAUGUAUUCCCAAAUGUGGCGGAUGAUCAACAGAAGCAAUGGAUCAGAGAACAAUGUUCUGGAGUCCCAAGCAGGCAUUCAAAAGGUAAAAUAUGGAAACUAUGCUUUUGUAUGGGAUGCAGCCGUAUUGGAAUAUGUGGCUAUCAAUGACCCAGAUUGUUCCUUUUACACCGUUGGAAAUACUGUUGCUGAUCGGGGAUAUGGAAUUGCAUUACAGCAUGGCAGUCCUUACCGAGAUGUUUUUUCACAAAGGAUCCUGGAGCUUCAGCAGAAUGGUGACAUGGACCUCCUGAAGCACAAAUGGUGGCCUAAGAAUGGCCAGUGUGAUCUGUACUCCUCAGUGGACACAAAGCAGAAAGGAGGCGCCCUGGACAUAAAGAGCUUUGCAGGAGUUUUUUGUAUCCUGGCUGCCGGAAUUGUCCUCUCCUGCUUCAUAGCCAUGCUGGAGACGUGGUGGAACAAGAGGAAAGGCUCCCGGGUUCCAUCAAAAGAGGAUGACAAGGAAAUUGACCUGGAGCACCUCCAUAGACGUGUAAAUAGCUUGUGCACAGAUGACGACAGCCCCCAUAAACAGUUUUCCACCUCGUCAAUUGACUUGACCCCUCUGGACAUUGACACUUUGCCAACACGACAAGCACUGGAGCAAAUCAGUGAUUUCAGGAACACUCAUAUUACCACAACAACCUUUAUCCCAGAGCAGAUCCAGACUCUUAGCCGCACACUGUCAGCUAAAGCUGCCUCUGGUUUCACUUUUGGCAACGUGCCUGAGCACCGAACUGGCCCUUUUAGGCACAGGGCACCUAAUGGGGGCUUUUUCAGGAGUCCUAUAAAAACAAUGUCAUCUAUUCCUUAUCAACCAACUCCUACCCUGGGGCUCAAUCUGGGUAAUGAUCCAGACCGAGGCACCUCCAUAUGAGCAUCAAACAAAUCUCUUCACUGUUUCUUUUUUAGGACUCCCUUUGCAAGGAGCAACUGUAAAAUUGUGGGACUAACAUGGAUGUAACGUUAAAAACAAAAUCAGGAUUAUUAGUAACAAUUCUAGUUUCUCCUCCCACCUUCUCUCUCCCCUCUCUCCUCUAUUAUUUUCUCUCUUUUCCCUUCCCUUCCUGUACAUUUUCCUCAAAUUUUUUCAUUACUCAACUUGUUCCCCAAGAAGGUAGUAUACUAGGAUCCUAUUAGUCUGCUUUUCAUAUACUGUACAUCAAGUAUAGGAAAUGUGCACUGAGCAUACUAAAAGCAUAUGCAGGAUUAAUUUUACAUAAAGGCCUCUUCUGUAACAUUUCUCUAUUUUUAGAAAUACAAUUGCAAUAACUUCAGUCUUUUUACAUUCUUCUGCUGCAUCCAUACAAUGCUCCACUGCUGUUGAGUGUCCUUUAACUGUGGACCAAAGGCAACCCCUGCAGUGUUUAUAAAACAAUUUGAAGACCAUUCAGGCCACAUAAGAUGAGAAUGCAAUUUUGCAGGAUUACAAAAAAGCCAUUAAUAUGCCAGUCAAGACUACAGUUAAAACUUCUCUUGCACUGCAACAGUGCAUAUGACCUUUAUGUGAUUGUACAGUAUUAAAAGUUUUUUCUUAUGUACAGUAAACUUUAUCAUAUGGCAGAAGCCUCUAUUGUGUUAAAUAAAUUAGUAUUUCAUAUAUAUACAUAUAUAUGCACCUAUCUAAUGUGUAUAUAUAUACAAAGGCGGCCAUUGCUAUUGCAAUUCAUUUAAUAAAGCUUUAGUUUAAACAAAAGUAUUGUAUACAAGAACUAUGUAUAGUGCAGGGGUUCUUUUCAGUUAGAAAAGGCAGGUUGCUUUAAUGUUAUUCUGACUCGCAUUGUUUGCCAACAGAAAAUAUUUUAUACUUUUGUUAUUAAAACAUCCAGGGCAAUUUAAUAUUUGUUCCUAGAUGUAACACACUUGAAUAGGUUUUGCGUUUGUUAUUCAGCAGUGUAUAAAGCUAACCUUGAUAAUUUUACUUUUAAUUAAUUAUCUGAAUGAAAAACGCUAUUAGCUGAACCACAUCCACAGCAGCACAUAGAGCUCUAGAAGAGUUUAAACAUAGAUCAUUGAAGGUUAAAAAUCCUCUUCCAAAGCAGCAAGUCAAUCAAUACAAUAAUGAUAUUUAGGGAGGGGUGGGAGCCCUUCAGAAAUGUUGAUGUGGCCUUAAAUUACUGUCAUUCAUUAUCCUAAAGAAGAAAACAAUAACCAUAAUGGGCUCUCAACUCAACCCCCUUUUUUUAUUUAGUUCUAUUUGGAGGAGUUAUGUAUUUUUUACAUUAGUGCCGACUAUAUAGAAGGAUGACGGCAAAACAGUGCCUCUUUGUGCACAACCCUUUUAAAGUAGCAUUCUUACUUGUUAGAAAUGUAGAAUGAACUUUGUUUGUAAUCCUUAAAUUAAAAUGUGGUAAGUAGGAAGCAAGAACUUAUUCUGUGUUUUUACGCAGCCAUACACUUACUUUAAUCUAAUUCAUUCUGUGGCUAGGAUUGAUAUAGGAAUCAACCUAUGUGAUUUGCUUUAGGAGAAAUUAAAAGGUAUAUUCUUAAGAUAUAUUAUAUUUUGAUGCUAAUUCUGUUCUGGGGAGCAUCUUGUAUUGUCACUGUUUUUGUACUAAAUCUUCAAAUAUUGUCUACUGUGUAAGGCAGAAAAAUUUCUUAUCAUGCAAAAACCAUUUUGUUUCCAGGGUAACAAGUACCUAAGUGCAUGCACAACUUGUUUUCCCUUGUAACAUUCAUGAUCUCAUUUACAACUCUGAUUUUAAAACAACAACAACAAAAAAAUCUUUACAACAAGCUAUAUAGGGACAUACCAGAUGUUGCAGUGAUUUUAGCUAUCAACAAACUGUUAACCAUGUACAAUAUUUAAAAUAGGCUUAUUUUGAUGUACUGCCUAUUAUACAAACACACAAAACAUUUUUUGGAGGCCUCAGUUAUGAGUGACAGAGCUUUCUGUGUAUAAUUUGUCUAAAUAAUUUGUCUAAUAAAAAUGUUUUCUAAACUUGCUCUCA